GUGAAGAUGAAAAAUGGUUACACGUUUGGGUGUUGCCGGAUCGGAGCAAAGUGCAUCGGAGCGUGAGGUCCCAGGGCUGCUCAGCUCCUAUCGAUAUAAUUUAUGGAAGCUUUGGCGAUCUGAUCGAUACUGCAUCCACGAUCGCGUGCAUCGCGCCAACAGCCGCUACAUUUUUUAUUUUUAUGACGUACGACGUAUGACCUACGACAUUUGUAGGUGCAAACAUUACCGACAUCGUCUUCGCUCCUGCACCAUGCUUUACUUUAUCGGCUUUGACCGGCAGGUAGCCCCUUUCGGUGGCCAAGAAUACCUCUUGCGUGCCGCGUGCCCGCUCCCAUUGUUUAUCAGGGACUUAACCUUUGGGUUCGGCCACUGCCAAAGCUCUCUUCUCCGCCUUUCCAUUCCGCUUGCCGGCGGUACCUCAUCAGGGAUGUGCGUCUGGCUGGAAUUUGGCAGCCACGGGCUGUGCUGCGGGCCAUAGCUAUGCUGUAUCGCUAAGUCGACAGUCCGUCGGCGUUCAGUCCGCUGCAGGGACAUAAUGUCAGCAGCCCCCUCAUUCAUAUGCGCCGAAUCAAACGCUGGGCUUCAGCUUCGACACAC